AUGUCGUGGCGUGAAGCUUUAAAAAAGCCGAUAGCUAAACCAACUGCACCAAAACCAAAAUUUGAUGCAAAAGAUGAUGAUUGGGAAACAGAUAUUAAUUAUGAAAAUCAAACAGAUGAAAAAGCACAACGUUAUGGUUCAACAAGUGUACCUGGAUCUGGUCGAAUUGAUCAUGUAGAUUUUAAAUCUAUUCAAGAAAAAGUUAAAACAGCUGAUAGUACCGUAAAAGAAAUUUAUCAAGGUACAAAUCCUAAUCGUGGUUAUGGAGGAAAAUAUGGAACUGAUAAAGUGAUGGACAAAUCUGCAGUAGAUUUUUCAUAUAGAACUGAUCUUAACAAACAUUCCUCACAAACAGAUGGUAAAAAAGGCUUUGGUGGUGCAUAUGGAGUUGAUGAACGUCCAAAAGAUAAAUCUGCUGUUGGUUUCGAUUAUCAAGCACAAGUUGAAAAACAUCCAUCACAAACAGAUUUUUCAAAAGGUUUCGGUGGUAAAUAUGGUACUGACCCAAACGCACAGGAUAAAUCGGCAGUAGGUUUUGCUCAUAAAGAAGCAGUACCAAAACAUUCCUCACAAAAAGAUUAUAACGUUGGGUUCGGUGGUAAAUAUGGUAUUCAAAAAGAAGAACCUAGUCGAUUGACUACUUCAGCAACACCACCAAGUGAACGAAAAGUUGAGGAGAAACCUGCACCACCUGUUGGUAGUAGUAUAGGCGUGGGUAAUAUUCGAGCAAGAUUUGAAAAUAUGAAAAAAGAACAAGAAGAAGAAGCUGCAAAACGUGUUACUGAAGAAAGAAAUAAACGAGCUGUUAACGAACAACAACCAACUAGUAAUGGUAAUAGUAAUGGUCACAGCAAAAUCAAUCAUUCAGAAAUACCACCAGCACCACAGCAGCCAUCAGUUCGAGAAGCAUCACCACCACCGUCGACUCAUCGAUCUGAAACUCCACCACCAGCACUACCACAAAUCUCUGCUCCAACUGUAUAUGAAAAUAUGGCUCACAAAUAUGAACCACAACAAUCAAUACCCAAAUAUGAACCACAACAACCAAUACCCGAUUACGAGAAAACAGAAGAACCUAUUAAAUUUAUUGGUAAUGUUAAUGUAGCAUCAUUAUUACGACAACGAAAAACUUCAUCACCAACACAUGAAGAUGAUGAUGAUGAUUGGGCUGAAGAUCACCCAUCAUAUAAUCAACCACAAUCGCCAACAUCAGUUGUUCCAUCAGAACAACCAUCAAAUAAUAAUAAUCAUAACGAAGGCAUUAAAUGUGUAGCUCGUUAUAGUUAUCAAAAAACGGAAGAAGAUGAAUUAGGUUUCGAAGAAAAUGAAAUUAUUACAAAUAUUCAAAAGAUGCAUGAGGAAUGGUGGUUUGGUAAAAUCGGACAGAGAUCAGGCUUAUUUCCAUCCAACUAUGUUGAAGAAAUAUAG